UGGCGGGCCGAGCGCGGCCGCAGUCGACUGCGGGCUGUCUCCAGCGCGGCUGGGAGGUCCGCGCUCCGUGCCGAGAGGCAGGCGCUGCAGGCGUGGGCUCCGCGCACGCGCGGGGAGCGGCCCCCGGAGAGCGCGCGCCGGCAGGAGUGUGGCCUUGCGUCGCGUGGCGGCAGGAUGGGCUUCUCGGCCGCGGCCCGGCUGUGGGGCCCGCCAGGGCUACUCCUGACCUUCGCCCUCCACCCGGCUCUGUGCCUGCGCGCGGCCCAGACCUCGGCGCCCCCUCACCGGGACUACUGCGUCCUGGGCGCCGGGCCCGCGGGCCUGCAGAUGGCCUACUUCCUGCAGCGGGCCGGGAGGGACUACGCGGUGUUCGAGCGCGCCCCGCGGCCCGGCAGCUUCUUCACGCGCUACCCGCGCCACCGCAAGCUCAUCAGCAUCAACAAGCGGCACACGGGCAAGGCCAACGCCGAGUUCAACCUGCGCCACGACUGGAACUCUCUGCUCAGCCACGACCCCGGGCUGCUCUUCAGACACUACUCCCGCGCCUACUUCCCCGACGCGGGCGACAUGGUGCGCUACCUGGGCGACUUCGCAGACCGGCUGGGGCUCCACGUGCUGUACAACACGACCAUUGCCCACGUCACUCUGCACAAGGACCGGCAGGCCUGGAACGGCCAUUACUUCAUCCUGACGGACCGGAAGGGUCACGCACACCGGUGCGGCGUGCUUUUUGUGGCCACCGGUUUGUCAGUCCCCAACCAGGUUGACUUCCCUGGCUCCGAAUACGUGGAGGGGUACGAGUCUGUGUCCGUGGACCCCAAGGACUUCGAGGGUCAGAAUGUGCUGAUCCUGGGGCGUGGGAACUCUGCCUUCGAGACAGCAGAGAACAUCUUGGGUGUCACCAACUUUAUCCACAUGCUGAGCCGCUCCCGGGUCCGACUGUCAUGGGCCACCCACUACGUAGGAGACCUCAGGGCCAUCAACAAUGGCCUGCUGGACACCUACCAGCUGAAGUCCUUGGAUGGGUUGCUUGAGUCUGACCUGACGGAUCUGGCUGUCGUGAAGGACCGCGAGGGCAAGUUCCACGUCACCCUGAAGUUCUUCCUGGAGGAAGGCAACCAGAGUGCCGACGCCAUCACCCUCCCCCAGGACGACAACGACAACUUUGCCAUGCGUGUGGCCUACGACCGGGUCAUCCGCUGUCUGGGCUGGAACUUCGACUUCUCCAUUUUCAACGAGUCCCUCCGACUGUCUUCCGGGGGUGAGCUCAGCAAGAAGUACCCGCUGGUCAAAGCUAGCUAUGAGUCCAAAGGAAGCCGGGGCCUCUUUGUGCUGGGCACCGCCAGCCACUCUGUGGAUUACCGGAAGUCUGCCGGGGGCUUCAUCCAUGGAUUCCGAUACACAGUGCGUGCUGUUCACCGCCUGCUGGAGCAUCGCCACCACGACGUCGCCUGGCCCUCCACCCAGCACCCCAUCUCACAGCUGACCAGCUCCAUCGUCCGACGCGUGAACGAGGCUUCUGGGCUCUACCAGAUGUUCGGUGUGCUGGCCGACGUGGUCCUAUUAAAGGAGAACGCCGCGGCAUUUGAGUACCUGGAGGAGUUCCCCAUGCAGAUGCUGGCCCAGCUGGAGACCAUCACAGGAAGGAAGGCCAGGCAUGGGCUCUUCGUCAUCAACAUGGAGUACGGCAGAAACUUCUCUGGCCCUGACAAGGACGUGUUCUUUUAUGACCGGUCUGUGGGGCACACAGAAGAUGCCUGGCAGUCUAACUUCCUCCAUCCGGUCAUCUAUUACUACAGGCACCUCCCCACCGAGCAGGAGGUGAGGUUCCGCCCUGCUGACUGGGCCCUGCCUCGGCCCACUGCCAUCCACCACAUCGUGGAAGAUUUCUUGACGGACUGGACCGCCCCGGUGGGGCACAUCCUACCUCUGAGGCGCUUCUUGGAGAACUGUUUGGACACCGAUUUGCGAAGCUUCUAUGCAGAAUCCUGCUUCCUGUUCGCCCUAACACACCAGAAGCUGCCGCCCUUCUGCCAGCAGGGGUACCUGAGAAUGCAGGGGCUCGUGGGGACUGAGACCCUCCGGCGGCACGGAGUGGAGAGCGGGCUCCUCCGGGACUACACCAUUGUGGGCAGGCGCCGUGAGGACCAGGGCCAGGGGCCACUAAGUAGCUCUCGGGCCCCAGGGCCUCCGGUCCAGCCCCUCGACAGCAACAAGGAGGAGCUGUGACCACCAGGCGGCUCCCAGCCAGCCCUCUGUCGCACCGACGCAUGGUUGCCAGAGACCACUCAGAUUGUCACAGUGACCAAGGCCACUCUGAGGGGUGGCCAUGCGGUGGUCUCCCCUCUGGUCUGGUCCUUGGAUGCCUGAGAGGCGGGAUCCCGAGAAGGGCAUCCUCUGCCAGGUGGGAGCCGCCUUCCACAGCCAGGCUUGUCUGCAAGUGAACUGUCACUGGGCACCAGGCUGACUCGGGUCUGUCCCCAUCAAGUGCCCAGCGGUCCCAUUUCCUUCGGGUCUACUCGUCGGAUGAACCAGGCGACCGUGUCACAGGUGGUGCUGUCCUCAUCAUCAUAAGGGUUCAUGGCAGGCACUUUAAACCGAAGCUCUAACAUCCUCAACCCUCUGGGGCAGGUGGGACUGUCGCCUCUGAUGAAGACAUCAGCUCAGAGAGCUUAGGUGACUCCAAGCUUCUGCCAGGCAUCCCUGUCUGGGUCCCCUGAGGCCUGGGCCACUCUGCCUCACCCUGCCCCCACCUCUGUUUCCAGAACCCAGGCUGGGCCAGCCCAGCUUAUCAUCACAGGCCCGGCUGCUAUCACCAGGCAGAGACGGGACAGCUCCUGCAAAGCCACCUUAUCUGCGCGGGUUUCUGCCUGAGCAGCAGGACUCAGAGCUGCACCCGCCCCAAGACACACUCCUUGACUUACAUCGUCAGCAUCUCUGUCUUCUCUCUCCUCCUCGGCACCGUCCCCUUGCCCUGCUCCUGCCCUCUGAAACCCUGAACAAUGCCUUGCCUCUGGUCUGCCUGAGCAAGUUUUGUAAAACUGUCCCCAGGCUUACAGUGAGGAUUCUUUCCGAGGGGACUGACCUGCUGUUUGUACAGGGAACCUGGCUCAGCGUGUGCAAGGAGGCAUUUCUAGCUGCAUUUGUGUGACAACGACAAUGCCUCUUUCUGGUUGCCCUAGCUGUUCUCACGCUUCCUCCUCACCAGGCAUCCACCCCCUUCCUACACUCCCAUCAGGCACUUUCGUCCCAGGUAGGAGUAGGCCAUGGAAAGCAUUUGUACAGAAAAUAAUCACGGUGAUUUUUUUCAAAGCCCAGGACCCUAGAUGAUUGCUUUUUCAUCGGUUCUUACGGGUCCCUGUAUCCACUCAGAAUUCGAGGGACACGGGCUUUCUGGAUCCACGGCCCUUUUCUGGAAACAUCCUCUUGGCCUCAACCACCAGGCCCACUGCCUGUCUGCACACACCUCUCCCUCUAGUUGUGUGCAGUUAGAACAGUGACACUUGGCAGCCCGAGCCUGCUGGGGAGGUGCUUACCCUGUGACAAUACUUGGCAGAGCUUCCCUGGGGAUGGAAGCAUCUAAAGAUCCCCUAGUCCCAGACGGUUGGGUUCGCCAUAUUUCUUACAGAUGAUUUGUAACCCAGAUUUGGGCCCCAUUACUCACUCACCCCCACCGCUUCCGUUUCCAAGACCUUUUUUGAAACAAAUCUUUUCCCUAGGACUGUUCCCAUAAUGUCAAACCCUGCUACACCCAUCACACCUCACCAGCCACUGACGGCAGCUGAACGCCUAUCAAAGUUCAAGGUGCUGCAACAAAUAAUUCACAGACGCCUAACUAUGUGACAUCUGCUGCUUCUCCCAUCAUCUGCCAAAUUGUUCAUUCCACCAAAAUUUCAGCCAGCCUUGUUUGUGUUUCAUAGGGCAUGGCUCCAUGGUUCAGCUGAUUAGAGAUGCCUUCCCUGGUAUUCUCCUUGUAAAACUGGUCAGUAAUUUGGAAAAGAAAGUAAAUCUCAUUUCAAAUCCCUAUUUCAUACUUCAGAAUUAAUUCCAGAGCAAUUUUUUUAAAGAUUUUAUUUAUUUGAUAGAGCUCAACUAAGCAGAGCAGCAGGCAGAGGGAGAGGAGACCAGGCUCCCCGCGGAGCAGGGAGCCUGAUGCGGGGCUCGAUCCCAGGACCUGGGAUCAUGACCUGAGCCGAAGGCAGAUGCCUAACCGACUGAGCCACACAGGAGCCCCAAUUCCAGAGCAACUUUUAAAAGCCAUACAGAAACGGGAAGUGACAAGGGGGUGUUAGAGUAACAGUAAAAGGACUGUCCAACUUCAGAAGCGAUGGGGUAAUUCCCAGAGAAGAAGGUUUAACAUUUCCAGUCUACUUAAUUUUUUUAAGUUUUUAUUUAAAUUCCAGUUAGUUAACAUACAGUGUGAUAUUAGUUUCAGGUGAAAUUUUUCUCUUUUUUUUAAGUAAUCUCUAUACUCAAUGUGGGCCUCAAACUCCCAACUCCAAGAUCAAGCACUCCGCUGACCGAGCCAGCCAGGUACCCUUCACCCAUACUUAACUAAUGUGACCGUUUAAAGAAAAGGAUAAAAAUUAAAAGGCAGACAGCAUGGGUAAAAUAGUGACAGCAGAAUACAAUCCAUAAAAAUAAAUAAUAUCUUUAUUACUCAA